AUAUAUCUAUAUCUAUAUAUAUACAUAUAAAGUCCUCUAUAAAUACCAAGAAUACUUACACAUCUUUUGUAAUGUUUGUCAACACAAAUAGUAAGUCUUGGUAGUGGAAUUUAAGGCUGAAAUGGGUAAUAUAUGUGGCAAUUCUGUUUCCAAGCUUGCAAGUGGGGAAUCAUCGAGCGGGUCAGGCAAGGGACGAGGCCAGAAUGGGUCGGUGAAAUAUGGGUUCACCCUUGUGAAAGGGAAGGCUAAUCAUCCAAUGGAAGACUAUCAUGUGGCAAAGUUCGUCCCUUAUCAAGGACGUGAGCUCGGGCUCUUCGCUAUUUUUGAUGGGCAUCUAGGGCAUAGUGUGCCUGCAUAUCUUCAAAAGCAUUUGUUCUCCAAUAUCCUAAAGGAGCAGGGAGAUUUUUGUGCAGACCCAAACCGUUCAAUUUCAAAAGCCUACGAAAGAACUGACCAAGCGAUUCUUUCACAUAAUCCUGACCUCGGAAGAGGUGGGUCCACUGCAGUUACAGCAAUUCUCGUUAACGCUCGUAAAUUAUGGGUUGCAAAUGUUGGAGAUUCUCGGGCCGUUCUUUCAAGAAGAGGAAAGGCAAUUCAGAUGAGUGUCGAUCAUGAGCCUAAUACCGAGAGGGGUAGUAUUGAAAACAGAGGAGGGUUCGUCUCGAACAUGCCAGGAGAUGUGGCUAGGGUGAAUGGACAACUAGCUGUUUCACGUGCUUUCGGAGACAAGAAUCUGAAGAGUCAUUUGCGCUCUGAUCCCGACAUUACAAACUCGGAUAUCAGUGUAGAUACUGAGAUUCUCAUCGUUGCAAGUGACGGGCUAUGGAAGGUUGUGACUAACCAAGAAGCGGUAGACAUAGCUAUAAAUAUCAAUGAUCCAGAAAAGGCGGCCAAGAAACUUGCUGCUGAAGCACUGAACCGAGAUAGCAAAGAUGAUAUAUCAUGCAUUGUCAUCCGUUUCAAGUGAUGAAGAUGGAAACUACAUAAAGAACCUGCGUAUUAGGAUCGAGUAUGUGCAGUAUAAGAUGUAAAUUAUGAAGGGUUUACAAAGUUCAUUGGCGUUCUGGAGUUUUUUUUUCUUUUUUUUUCCCCUUUUUUUUUGGGUUUCUGUUAAGAAUAUUGACUUGUUCAUGUUGGGUAUUGUGGGUUAAUUUUUUCAUUUCUUGAACAUCUAGAUUUAUAUAUACUACAUAUAUCGGGUUUGGUUAGUUAUGCAGCGAUCAAUAAAGUAAUAAUUGCCGUUAGCUAUC